CAGAAGGUUGCGAAGAGUCCCAGUGCAAGGCAGGGAUCGUCACUCGCUACUCCUCGACUGGCGCGAAACACGUGGAUCAUCCCGACCACCACCUGAUGGAUUUCGACUGCUUUUAAGUUGCUGUGGGAAUCAGUUUUACAGACAUCAACUCUGAGAUCUUGCUUUUUAAUGAAAUCAUUUUAAACACUGGGACUUAAAAUAAGAUUUUUUUUAUAAUAUAUAAUUGAGAGGAUAAGCAAAAUCUUCCAUAAUUCAUAUCCUUGCUUAAUUGGCAUAACAUCGAAACAUUUACCAACUUUUCGUGAAUUCAAAAUAUACUAUUGAUGCUGAUUUGAAUUGGAAUUCUUGAUUGUAAAAAUUCCAGGCCUUGCUUUCAUCGUAGAAUAGUUUUCGUUUGCUGUCGUCAGCUGUAUGUGUUGUGCACCAGAAGCAAAAAGGAAACUGUGUCCUUUGAUUUUUAAACGAUAUAUCUCUGUGUCAUCAAGUUUCUGACAUCUGAUCUACUGCAUCAUUUAAGCAUUACUCAAGAUUUUCACAAUGUUCUUCCUGCUUUUAGCUGUGCUUGUCCAUGGAGCGUCUUGCAACCUCAUUCCCAACCAAUACAUAACAGAAUGGGGAAUCAGUAGCCGGUUGACACAGCCAUCCUGCGUGGACAUACCUGAAAACCUGACCCUGUGCCACGGCAUAGGGUACACUCAGAUGCGUCUGCCCAACCUCCUGGAUCAUGACACCAUGGCAGAGGUGUCCCAACAAUCUUCGUCUUGGGUACCUCUCUUCAAUCUCAAAUGCCAUUCGGACACACAGCUGUUCUUGUGUUCUUUAUUUUCGCCGGUGUGCUUGGACAGACCCAUCUAUCCGUGCAGGUCACUCUGCGAAGCGGUCAAAAAUGGAUGCGAGAGCCGGAUGAGGGCCUACGGAUUCCCAUGGCCAGAUAUGGUUCGAUGUGACAAGUUCCCGGUCGACAACGAUAUGUGCAUAUCUGUGCAGGCCAACACCAAUUCAGAGCCCCAAAGCUGCAGUGCCUGCAAUCAACCAGACACCUAUGAAAAUAUCAUUGACAACUAUUGUAGAGCCGACUUUGUGAUCAAGACCAAGAUCCGGAAGUUACAGAAGAGCAAGUUGGCAUGCAAACGCGCUCGCAUUCUCAAGAUCCGAGAAGGGGUGAGCCGCAAGGAGGUGCGUAGACCCACGUUGCAGCACGCCAACAUGACCUCCUGCUGCGGAGAACUGGCCCGACACGCCGGCAAGAAGGCCCGACUCCUCAUCAUGGGCAACCGGGACGGAGAGGGACUCACACCCACCUUCAUCAUGGAAUGGCAGAACACUGUGGCCUUCAAGGGAGCCCUCAAAGCCAUGAAAAAGAUCGAUUGCUCCAACCCACAGAUCAUCUCCGAGACAGUGGAUGGUAAGAGCGUUGACGAGAACGAACGACGCCGGAGGGCUGGACGUUCUAAAAAGAACAAGAAGAAGCACCCCAAGAAGAGAGGACAUCACCCCAGUGGCACCCUAGCAGUGGUCAGCGGAGGAUCGCCCACCUUCCAUACAUAAUGCCCGCAACACAUAUCGAAACCUGUUCUUUCCAGACUGAGGAUAUCACAAAUCAAGCAUCAGUAAUAACAGAACACAUAUAAAUCAACAACCGAAGUUAUAUCUAUGAUAAAGUCCCUUCUAUUUGUGUGAGAAAAAGCACAGCAAUAUCUUUUAUUUGGGAUCAUCUGGUGGUAAAUAUUAUCGAUGAAGUAGCAAAACCAACAAAUAUCGAAAGAAAUUGCUUCUUCUUACUAAUUUAUAUUGUCGUUGGUUCGUAUAAAGUCCAAAUUUGAUUACUUUAGAAGUUAUAACUCUACAUUGCUGUUUUAAAUGUUUGCAUUGUUUUACUAAACUAGUUUCUAAAUGCGAAUUAGUUUGAAAUCAAUUUAAUGUAUCUUUUAAACAUUAUUUAUUCUUUAAAUUGUUGUAUUAGAAAUCAGUUUCGCUAAAUAGUUGAACACUUUGGGAAUCACAAUUUCUUAUUACAGUAGUUUUAAUGUGAAUUAUUCAAGACUAUCUAAAAAGGUGAAUUAUAGUUACUUCGGUAAUUAAAAAUAUAAAAUUUUGUGAAAAAUUCCUUAUUGUAAGUUCUUUUCACAAAUAUUAAGAUCAGAAAACGAUAUUUCACCCAAAUAAAAAUCGUUGGUUUCGUACAUUUUAACAAUAAUAUUUUCCAAAAUUUUCUUUUGCACAUUUUUUUAUACUGUAGAAGAGAAAAUAAAGAAGGAUUAUUUUAUUUUAAUGUUUUCUCAAACCAGUAAUGCUUUGAGAUUUUAAAAUCUGAUUUGAUAUUUAAAAAUGUAAAAGUUUAUAUUAUCUGAAUUCAUAAAGACUGAGAGCAAAAAACAUUUUGUAUCAAUAAAAAUCGUCUGUUUUAUGGAAUUUAAAUUUUAAUUGCUUAGAAUAAAUUGAAAUUAACCAAAAAAUAUUUUUCCAGGAAUUAUUUCAGGAUUUUAUUCAGAAUUUUCAGGAUUUAUCCCAAAUCUUUAUUACCUGAAUGAUAAAAAACGAAGGAUUCGUUUCAUUUUAAUAUCUUCUUAUUCGAGCAAUGACUUAAAAAUGAUAAAAUCUAAUACGUAUAUUUUCUUUCUUUUGCAUGGAACUAGACAGAAAGUUUUCUAAUUAAGUACUGGAAAGUAUGGAAACUAUACCUGAUUUUUAUCGAGCUAAAAGCGAACAGUUAUUUUCGAAUUUUUUUUUCUGAAAAUAAUCUCAAAUUAAAAAUUCAGCGCAUUCCCAAUAGUUGAAAUAAAAAUUCUAGUUUCACAUGUAACUUGAUCACUGAGCACAAGUAGUCUAGAUCAUACAAUGUUGUAUCCUCAGUUCGAAAGAAGAGGUUGAUGAUGAUGAUAAGAAAAAGAUGAGAAAAAAAAAAUGACUGUGUACAACCUAUUUUUAUCAACUCGGCUAUUUGCAUAUUGUUGCUCUGAACUGGACCUAAACAAUUGCAAAAUUGAAGAGAGCCGACAACAUAGUUUUUGCAAAUUUGUGGUAAAUGUGUUAUUAGUAAAGAUUCACCUAAAAGAAAAACAGACAUAAAAAAAGAAGUCAUGUGACCCGCUGUUUCGAAUGAUGGAUGAAGUUUUGAUAUGCUACCUUCUAAUCAUACGUAGUUUUUUAAAAAGUGAGCUUUUUAUAUAAAUAUAUAAAUAAGUAUAUGGUUGUGUAAAGCUUGUUGUUGUGCUUCGAUUUAUAUUUUGCAUUUCAUUAGCAUUUGGCAUUAGUUCUUUUAUUUUAUAUGUAUCAUUUUUUUUUUUUUGGUUCGUAUCUAUAUACGUCUAUUAGUUGUAAAUGUGAUUUGGAUCGAACUGAAUAUUGUGUCGUAUACGUAUGAACGAUUAUAAAUAAGUAUACUUUAUUUUUUAAAUUAUUUUCAGAAAUAUAACUUAUGAUUAACUUGAUGAUUCUAAAUUGAUAAUAAAAUUCUAAUAAUAUUAAAUUGUUAUUUAAUAAUAAUUAUUAUCAAUAUUAUCUAAUUACUCAUAACAUUUCUAACGUUGUACUUUCUGUGUUUGUCAAAUCGAAAAUAUUAUAAAAAUGCCAUUGAGUUAUAUAAAUAAUCAUGAUUAUCAAAAUUCUAUUCUUGAAAGUAAUGUCAUAAAUUUUAAGUCGAUGAAUCGAAAAAGUAGACAUAAAAACUAAUAGAAAUUUAUAAUUACUUUAGUGUUUAAUUAAACUAAAUAUAUAUUUCGAAUAAAAAAUAUCGUUUGUAAUUCAGAAAUUCCCCAUUUAGGGUUUUUUUUAUGCCAUUCCAAAGAUCAAUUGUUAAAGAAGUUUUUAAAUUUUCAUUGUUUACAAGUGAUUUUUUUCUACUGAAAAUACUAUUCUAUUGAUUUUAAUUCAAAAUAUAAUUUAUAACAAAAAAUAAUAUUCUUUAAAUAAUAUGUAUAAUCAUAACUCUUAGUUAUUUAUCAUAAGUUAUUUUUUUUAAGAUCUAUUGGUUUUAGCAUGUAUCUGUGAAACAUAAUUUUGAUGCGACUUUAAUUGAAAUUCAUGUUAAGGAAGGGUUAACUGUUAGAAACCAAUAGUAAUUAUGAUAUUCAAUUAAGUUUUUCUUUCUUCUACAGAACUGCAAUUCCAAAUUUAUUAAUUUUAAUUCUACACUUUUUAACGAUAAAUUGACUGCUAUGAGUUUUGUUAAUUUUUACAAAAGCCAUUUUUAUUAAAUUUAUUUAAACAAAUUUUAUGUUUUCCAAAAAAAAAAAAAACACAUAUAUAGCAAUAUGAUGGUGAUUAUCACGUUAUAUAGUUAUGAUUUACUGAUAGAAAAUAUAUUAUUUAUCAAAACGUCACAAAACUUUUUUCUUCAUCAUCUGAUUACUUUUCUUAUAAAGGAAUUAUUAAAUAUAUUAACUAUAGGAUUUGUGAAAGGUCAUAAAAAUUUAUCUCCUGUUAAUUUGUAAAGGACUAUUUACAUUGAUUUAUUUUUCUUACUAUGAACGUUUUAACGUUUUGAAUGAUACGUUUCAGUUUAUACGUGACUCAAUCGAUGCAAUAAGAUUGGAAAAUUAUUACUGUUAGCUUUAUUGUAUGAGCUUUUAUUUUCGCUAAUUUGUCUUUUGACUUGUAGAAAUUUCCUUUAUUGUUACAUUGCUUGUGUACAGUGCGAUUACUUCUGUGUUUUCUUUUUUUUUACAGUGAAUUUCUUUUUGAUAAUGUUGGGCUGCCUUUUUUUUUCUUACUUUUGGAAGAUAUUAUUUGCUUUAUUUUUUUAUAUUUUGCCAGUGUAUUUGUACCGUUGUACUUUGUCUUAACAAUUCAGAACUAUAGUUUUGAAAAGGGAACAAGAUACAUGCCAUGUUUUACAGAUGUUUCGCGCACAAUGAGCGGAUUUAUUAACUUCUAAUAUUAAAGACAGAUGCAUGUUUUAUUUGCUGAGCGAAAUUAUCUGAACUAUGGUCUAAAAUGUCAGUUUAUAUUAAAUUUUAAGAACGAUUUUGGGAGUAUUUAUUUAAUCCACAUAAAAAUUCUAACAUAUCGAAUUUUAACUAUAUAUAUAUAUAUAUUUAUAUUUCGGAAUUAUUAACUCUAAAUUAUAUAAUUUAGAUUCGUACUAAAAUGAAAUUACAAAAUUUUAAUUUAAAAUUAAUAAUUAAAAUAUUUUUGGUGUUAACUGAAUAAAACAAAAUUACAAAUAAAGACAUCCAGAAAUUAUGGGUUUAAAAUUUAAAAUGCAUUUUUAAAUUGUUAAAAUUGAAUUUUUAUGUUGUAAUAAUUUUUAUGUCCCUUUCAAAUAAUAAUAAAGGAUUUACAUAAACGAUCCUCCAUUGAAUUUUGCACAUUAUAGGAUAUAACAAAUUUUAUUAAAAACAUUCAUGGAUAUAAUUUUUAAGCAUUAAUUUUACUGAUUUCUCUUCAGUGGCAUAAGAAAUGUAAAAAUAAUUUGUUUUUUGAGCAUUUAUAUUUCAUAAUUUAGAACUACUUUCCUGAUCGUGACAAAGUUAAAAGGUUCUGUGUCAACUCACUGUACGGGAUUCACCAAACUGGAUUCAUUGUACUGUAUUCACUGUACUGAAACAAAGGUGUCAUGGCCCACAAACUUUUGGAUGGAUCCAAUGAUUGUAUUGGAUCUUGUCUAAAUUUUAAUUCACUAUUCAAUGUUUUCUGAAUAAAGUAACAUAUUUUUAAAAAAC